AUGGACUUCGCCUUCGCGAACCAUCAGGCGCAGCAGAGGAUGGCGAUGAGCUCCGCGGGCUUCGGGCGCUUCAUGAGUGGCGGCGGCCAGUAUGCGGGGCAGGCUAUCGGCGCGGUAGCCACCGGGGCCGUGGGAGGAGCGGCCAGGCUGGUGACAGGCUGCGCCUCGGGUGCCGUCUCGGCGAUCCGGGGCAUGCGCGCGGUGGAGCUGCCGAGCGCGCCCGCGCCGCAGCGCCCGCGCGUCCUCGAGCAGUUCGAUAUCUCGGACGCGGGUUCGGGCAGCGGCGUGCCGACCGAGAUGGUGGACGUGAUGGCCGAGUUUAGCCGGAUGCGCGCGGAGAUGGAGGCUCUGAGGGAGGAGAACGCGAGGCUCCGAGGAGGGAGUGCAGCGUCAGCCCAAGGCGGGUACGCGACGCCGUCAUCGCCUGAGCGACUGGCGGAGGAGAUCGCCGAGGCCCAAGACGAGGGCAUCGAUGCCGUCUACGGCGUGGAUUGGUCUCUGGCGGGUGGGCCUGCCGCGAGCGGUGCUGGGGACAGUGCCGCCGAGACUCACGAGGUGAGGGCCGCGAGCGCGCCGGCCAACACGAGUCCCGAGCACGUCGAGGAGUUUUCCGACUCGGCGCAGCUGCUCAAGCCGGCACCGCGCCUGCAGGACAUCCAGGAGGUGGUCAUCCUCAUGGCGGUGGUGUACCUGGAGGCGCUGGGCCACCUGGAGGAGGCUUCGGGGGUUUUCCUGGAGGUGCCCCACAUGGUGGUGGUGAAUUCGGAGGACAUGGAUUGGGCCAUGCAGGUGGGUAUCCUCAUUGAGUCGGCGGCGGUGGCUUCGGACUACCAGGUGGACCUGGUGGCGGAGGUGGGCCUGGCGGAUCUGGAGGAGCCUUUCCAGGAGGUGGCGGGCCCAAUCGUCCUGGCGGAUUUGGUGGCCAGCCUGGAGGCGGAGGACCACCACCACCGCCGCCUCCGCCGCCAUAUGGCGCUGCUUCUGCGGCGGCAGGCGGGCCGCAGCGCGAUGCCCAUGCAGCCUGCGCAGUUCCCCCUCAAUGAGGCCGACGCGGUGAAUUUCCACAGCGUGGAGUUGCGACUCCGGGGCCUGCUACUCGCCCUCAAGCCUGAGGACGUCAAGCAGGCGUGCCUGAGCACGAGGCAGACGAGCACCACCGAUAUUUUAUUCAGUGCGUAUGUGUCAGCUGGCCCCGGCACGGGCCCUGACAAGGACCGCACUUUGCAGCAAGUGUCCAAGGGGAGGCACGUCGACGUGAAGGCGAUCGCGCACAAGAUGUUGGAGUCCAACGAGGAGGUGAGGCACCGCUACUUCGGCUUCCUCGUGACUCGUGGUCUCAGCGGCGGGGUGGCGAACCGGGCCCAGGUUGGCGAGCUCUGGCGUUAUCUCAGCGCGGAGGCGAGGGAGUUCGCGGACGCGGUGCCCCAGAAGGACGACCCUGCCGCGAGGCUCGCGAUGGAGCGGCAUACGAGAGGGGACCCUAAGGGGAAUCCGAAGGGAGGCAAAGGCGACCCGAAGGGAGGAGACCCCAAGAGAACAGCCAAGGGCCAGCCCAAGGCGAAGGCGAAGGAGAAGGCCGAGGCGGGCAAGAACGGGAAGCUGCAAGACGUGAGGCUCUGCACCUUCUUCAGCGCGCCGGGGGGCUGCAGCAAGGGCAAGCAGUGCACUUGGUACCACCCGAAGCUCAGCCCUUCCGACGGCCGUUGUUUCAACUGCGGCUCCACUCAGCAUCGAAGUGCUGACUGCGCCCCGCCGAGGGGGGCAGAUGCGGCUGCUGCUGGCGCACUGGCUGCUUCAGCUGCCCGUGCGACGUCGUUGUCUGCAGUUCCUCCUCAGUCGGCUGCUUCGGCGUCUGCGAAGACGGCGGCGGCCACCUUGACGGCUGCCGGCGUUCGCGCCGAGGUCCGCAACGAGCUGCCUGGCUUGAUGCAGAUGGGCUCUGGGACUCCUGCUGGCCAGGCGGAUGCCGGAUUCUGGAGCGCCAACGACCCGAAGGCUAAAGUGGUGAACAUCAAGGCCAAGAUGAUGAUCGUGAACGGGGAGCGGUACCUCCUGGCGGACACGGGCGCCACGCGCGAGCUGAAGGGCGCCAAGGAUUUCGACGACCUCGGCGACGACGCGCGGACGGUGCAGCUGGAGACGGCCACGGGCUCGCAUAAUGCGCGCAUGGUCGGCGACACAGUUUUCGCAUUAGGGGAACGCUUACAGGGAUUAUUCCCACUUGCGUCGUACGUGGAGACCAUGGGGCUGGAGAUGGAGUGGAACCCUCGGCGGUGCGGCGCGCAUGUAGGAAACGAUUUCGUCGACCUCCGCCGGGAGAACGGCAGCAUCUACAUCAGCGAGAAGAACGCAGAGACUUUGACGAAGCUCCGCGAGCGCCAGGAGGGCGGACGCAUUCACUUCGACGUGAGCUGCCCGCAGUGCCGCGGCGUUCGCGGCAGAAUGCGUCAGCAUUUCCGCCACGAUGCCAGAGCGCGCCCAGGCGGGCAACUGAGCGUCGACCUGAGCGGGCCGCACCUUCCAGGACGCUGGCCAUCGGGAAGGGCCGAGGACACGGGCAGGAUGGCGCAGCACUUCCUCUUAGGGGCGUUCUCGGUGGUGACUGCGGCCGACAUGCAGGAGCGAGCUCGUCGUGAAGGAGAGGCUCGCGAGGCAGCCGGAGUGCCCGAUGAUGCGCCCGAGAUGGGCGCCAUAGGUGUUUCUGUGGAUGGCGAUGUCGGGCAACUGGCUGCUCGAGUCGCUGCCGCAUUUGAGGUGGCGGAGCUCGGUGAGCUGCGCCUCAGAAGCGACCGCCUGGGCCUGAUGGCGGCGAAACGCGCGCAUGUGCCCAGCCACCCCCAGGGCGAGGAGGGGCCUGCGGAGGCCAAGGUCGCGCCAGAGAUCGCUGGGGCCGACUCGGAGCCAGCCAAGACGUGGUACUUUGUUGUGCCCCUGGAGAACAAGCGCUUCGAGACGUGCAAGAAGGGUUUAGAACAGAUUUUGGCCAUGAUUCGGUCCGAGUUCGAGGGCGCGAACGUGGCGCGCCGCAUCCACGGCGACAGGGCGAGCGAGCUGACACGCACCAAGUCGAAGGAGCACUUUGCGAAGCAGGGCAUCUUGGUCAUCAGCACGCUGGGGUACGAGCCGAACAACAACCCCCGCGCCGAGAAGGGGGUCGGCCUCGUGAAGUUGAGGGCGAGGGCCUUGCUGCUGAGCUUCCCGGACCCCCGCGACAGGCAGGACCUCUGGCCCUUGGCGGUGCAGCACGCCGCCUGGUGCAGCAGGAUGGCGGCCCAGGGGCGGAAGACGAACUGCCCUGCGUUCGGGGCCAAGGUCAGCUCUAGAGUGAUGGACUUGCCCCACGACGUGAUGAGCGAAAGGGCGGUGGACAGCAUCUUCCUCGGCGUCGACCCCGAGAGCGCGUGGCUGGUUGGGCGAAUCGACCCAAAGGCUUCUCGCCCCGAGGCGCGCUGGGCGAUCGAGUCCUUGAGCUCAUUCGCGAUCCACCCGGAGGCGGCGGUGUUGCCGGUGGAACAGGAGAGCACGGCAGAGGAGCCAGGAGCCAUGCGCGGGGCGAGCACUGCCGGCUCGGCCCCCUUCUUCGGGACGACGGUGGUCAACGAGCUUUUGACCGUGGAGUUGGUGACUCCUAUUCGUGCCCAGCGUGCCGAGGACGGCAUGUGGCACACUCGCGUGACCAUAGGUGCCGACUCUGGUCAGGAGGGGCAGGACGACGACGACGACGUUCUACCUAUCUUCCGGGAGAUCCAGCGUGAGAGCGGCAUGGCGCUGACGUCGAUGAGAACCCUCAACGCGGCCUUCGGCUCGGAGCGCGAGGAAUGGCGCCAAGCCUUGGAGGCGGAGCUCAUCUCCAUGACGGACAACGAGAUCUUCCGGAAGCCUUCGGCCGCAGAGUUGCGAGAAGUACGACCUCAAGACGUCCUCCCUAUGAAAGUUGUAGCCGGGAUUAAGGCUGCAGAUUCAACUGGGUACCGGAGGAAGAAGGCGAGGGGCGUCGUGCGCGGCAACUUUGAGGGCGAGUCGGGCGAGCCGGCCAUCUACGGCCUGAGGGUCAGCCCGAAGGCUUGGAGCGACAAGCGGGGCGCUGACGUGAAGUCGAUCGUGGUGGAUAUCGGGGGCGAGCCGCACGUGCUGCGGCAAUCGUCUGCUGAUCCGGCGGUCUGGGCGGUGGUGCCGCAGCAGGGCGGCGACGUCGUUGGCUACGUGCUGGCGUACGUGGACGACUUCUUGAUGAUGGGGUCGGACUCCGCAGUGAUAGCUCUGAGGGGCCAGCUGGGGAAGCUCUGGCGCGCGAGCUCGCAGCCGAUCGUGAACAGGUCGGCCCCCGGCUCGCUCCGGUACCUGAGCAUUGACAGCGAGCUCAGGGCCGACGGCACUCUGGCGCUCGGGCAGCGCCAGUGCACCGAGGAGCUGCUCGAGAAGUGGGGCAUGCUGCAUUGCAACGGGACGGGGGGCAUCAACUUGGAGAAGGAGUCUUUCGAGCACUUCACGGCCACCUCCUCCAAGUACGAUGGCGACGACGAGGAGGAGGCGCCCGAGGUGAAGCUGUCCGAUGUUCGGUUGGCCCAGAAGAUGGCCGGAGGCCUUCUGUGGCUGGCCUCCCGGACGCGCCCGGACAUAGCGCACGCCGUGUCGCGGGUGGCUUCGAUAGCAACCACCCGCCCGCUGACGAGCCUCUGUUUCGGCAAGAAGGUCUUGAGGUACUUGUCCAGCACGCGCCGCACGGGGCUCUACUACCUUCCCGGCGGCGGAGGCGUAGGCGGAGACGACCAGGGCGAUGGUGGCGAGCCGGACCAGGAGGCCGCCUUCGUCCAGACAUUCGCGGACGCUUCCCACGAG